AUGGAUCCAAACCAACUCAACUCUUUCUUCAAUUACUUACAAAACUUUCCUCAAAUUCCAAAUACCCAACAAUCUCAAACCUCAAACUCUCAAGUUCCAAAUCAAAACUUCAUACUACCAAAUAUAUUUCAAAAUCCAAAUCCACAAAAUCUUUCUAAUUUCAAUUUUCAAACUCCUUAUAAUAAUCAAUUUCCUAUAUUCCAACCGCAAAAUCAAAAUUCACAAACACUUCAUUUUCCAUUUUCAUCUAUAUUUAACCCCUCUAUCGGAAAUGUUACUCCAACUUCCUUGCCGUUUCCAACUCAAUUUAGUGCAUCAAGACAUAACUCAUCUGGUAUUGGUGGCUCUUCUAACCCAUCAUCUCAAACUCCUAUACAAUCUAGUCCAAAUUCGCAAUAUUCAGAUUUUGCAAACCCUCGUGGAUUAGAUGCUAUCGACCUCAAUGAUGAUGAUAUUGAAGAUCGGAGACAAGAUAUUGGUACUGAUCAAAAGGAGAAAAUAUUUUGGAGUCGAAUUCAUAGCUACUGUGUAGAAUUUUGCUCCGACAUGACAAGGGGGGUAGUUGCAUGUAAGAAACAAUGGUAUAAGAUCAACAAGGCUGUUACACAAUUUGCUGGUUGCUACGAUCAAGCUAGUCGAAAUAUAAGGAGUGGUUUGAAUACUGAUGAUAUAAAGGAGUUGGCUUAUAAACUUUAUUCCACAAAUUAUGGUAAAAAAUUUACUUUUGAGAGGCAUUAG